CAGACACUUUUGUUCCAGACAUUUUUUUGUUCCAAUGGACACAUCGUUGAUCAGCUCUCCCAGCACUGAUGUCCGGCUACACUAUGGAGGAGUUUUCACUGCCUCAAGGUCCUCCGAAGGUCUUUGUGCCGGUGCUCCCGGAUGGAUAUGUUCCUCCGACCCAGGAGGAAGCAACGCGUGAGGCCGAAGCUUCAAAGAAAGAAAAAGAAGCGAAGCAGGAGGAUUUCAUCCUUUCAGAUGAUCAGUGCAAGGAGUUGCUAGCAGCCUCGAAGUUCUUGGAUGAAGAAUUGGCGAAGGCGAAGGCCAAAAAGUCAGCAAGUACGGCCGACUCUGCGCCGUUCGAAGAAUCCUGGCUGAACUGGUUGUUGCCGUGCACCUGCUGGACCAGGUCGCCUGAUGUGCAUGUUCGACCAGCAAAGGCCAGACACGUUUCACCAUAGUGCCGUGUGUCCUGUUUGGACAUGGCAGGGCGGUUGCCGUGACGCAACAUGUCAAGCAUUUGGC